UUUGGAUUCAGCGUGCGGAUUAGGGCAAUUACUGGAGUUAAUCUAUCAUAAUGUCUGCUUUCCGAUCGACUUGUAGUCAAAUGAGUUAAGUUAGGGGCUGAGGAGGUCUGAGUCCGCCGGGUGCGAGAAGUGGCUGUUUAAAUGAAUCCCAACUAGAAGAAAGCAAGAAAAAAAAAAAAAAAAAAAAAAAGACUUUCAUUUCACAGCAGAGCAGGACCUGGGGAAGCUGAUCGGUGGACAUCAUGUACAGAUUGGCAGAUUUCACACUCAGAAAGCCACUGAGUGCCUUUGAUUUCGGAUUACUGUGACACACAGGACGUGUUUUCAAGGGGGAGAUUUUUUUUUUUAAUUUUUUUUUUUUAAGGAGUCCGCUUCCUCUCGCUCCUGUUCGCUGUCCUCCGGGUUCCAGCGGGACUCCAGAGUCGCGGAGAGCCCAUGCAGUCGCCAAGGGAGAGGAGUGAAGUGCGACCCCGAGCUGGAUGGAUGGUUAUGGGGAAAAGAGGAAGACCCUCGGCGCUUGAAGUGUGCAGAGUCCUCGCCGUGUUUCUCUCACUCUUCCCCUCCGUGAGUCUGCAGUGCAAGAUCCUCAAGUGUAACUCGGAAUUUUGGGCCUCCACCUCAAAUUCUGGAACGGAGGAGGAGCUUUGCACGGCGCUGCGAGCGUACAACAGUUGCGUACGCCGGACUGCACGCACCUGCCGGGGCGACUUGGCGUACCACUCCGCCCAGCAUGGCAUAGAGGAUCUAAUGAGCCAACACAACUGCUCCAAGGAGGGGCCGACAUCCCAACCACGUGCCCGGACCCCACUUCCUCCGCCAACCCCUCCACACCCGUCCGACAGACAGGUACACUCUGAUAGCCCGGAAUUGUGCAACUAUGAGCGCAGUCUUCCACGCAACACGUCGCCGCCCAACUACACCCACUGUGGCUUCUUCGGAGACCCGCACCUCCGAACCUUUGGAGACGACUUCCAGACGUGUAAGGUGGAAGGAGCCUGGCCACUUAUCCACAACAAAUACCUGUCUGUCCAGGUGACCAACACUCCUGUGGUGCAGGGGUCUUUGGCCACCGCCACAACCAAGUUGACCAUCAUCUUUAAGAAUUUCCAGGAAUGUGUGGACCAAAAGAUGUACCACGCAGAGACAGAUGAACUGCCGGCUGCAUUCGCAGAUGGCUCCAAGAACGGAGGGGAUUGGCACAGAGCGAACACCCUGCGCGUGGUGGAGAAGGUUCCUGGGCAGCAUGUGGAGAUUCAGGCCAAGUACAUUGGAACAACCAUAGUGGUCCGGCAGGUGGGCCGCUACCUGACCUUUGCAGUGCGGAUGCCGGAGGAAGUUGUGAACUCCGUGGAGGAAGGCGAUAACCAGGACUUGUACCUGUGUCUUCACGGCUGUCCUGCCAACCAGCGCAUCGACUUCAGGAACUUCAGGGCUCGAACAGCAGAGGCCCACGGCACAGGCAGGACCAGGAGCGGCACCGGGGCACAUGGCUUUACCUACCAAUCUGCAGAGGCCAAAUGCAAAGAGCGACUCCCAGUGGAGGAUGUGUAUUUUCACUCCUGCGUAUUUGACCUCCUCUCCUCGGGGGACAUUAACUUCACCAUGGCAGCCUAUUACGCCUUUGAGGAUGUAAAAAUGCUCCACUCAAACAGCAACAGAUACCACAUCUUUGAAAAGGGUGCUUUUAUGAAUAAUGCAGCACAGAGGGGCAAAGAUUUACUCUCUCUCUUCCUCAUCAACCUCCUCGCUGUCUUAUUGUGGAUUGAGUGUUGCACAGUUCAUCUAUAGUCCCUUUACAACAACAUCCUCAUGGCGCAUCUGUCAGUGAGUGCUAGAGUACCAUCGCUGUGGUCUGCAUGGGCUCCUCUCUUCUGCUCUGAUUCUGUUAGGUGACCCGGAGCUUGCCAAUAGGGUCAUCCCAGCCCUAAGUCUCAUUUUAGUUGUAUUGUCAUGUCUUGACUUCAGUCUAAUGACAAGGGGAUUCCACCUAUCAUCACAUGUGUUUAGCUGGUUCAUAGGACUGGUCUUUGAAGAGAGCAGCGGUGAGAGAGCCCAGCUACCCCAGAGCUCAGGAUAUCCACCUGGGAUUAAAUCCCACAUUCUCACCAGGCCUGCAUGCCUAUGGGAAGCCGGACGAGAUGAUCUUUUGCAGAAAGAGGAGUUUGCUGAUCCUCCCUCCCCUGAUCCCCUCAUUGCUGCCAAGCCAGUGAAGUUCUCUGUGGCUCAUGUGGCAAAGCAAGAGGACCUGACAGGGGCUUUUGUUAACCUAAGGCCAGAAGCAGCUCUAUGUUUGAUUAGUUUCCAGCUUUGGAAAAGCCUGAGCCUUGUGGAGGAAGCACUCAGCCAAAAGGAUGUCAGAGCAGCGUCUCCAGUUGUCUGCUUCGGAGAUUAGUGGUUCAUAUUGUUAGGUUAUAUGUGCUUGCGUGUGUGUGUUUGUACGCGUCUGUGUGUGAGUACGUUAGUAGAAUAUGUGUGCAGAACUCAGCGUCUGUGGUUAAUUUUGUGUGUUUGUGGGUGCAGGCGUUACCAGAAAUGAGAAAUCCGUCCCAAGUCUUUCUGUUGCACCCAAAGAUUCAGAAAUAGACAAGAAGAGAUGCUCCACAGUCUCUUCAGAUGGACUGUGUCCGCCAAGUAGCAAAUCCCAGGAGGGAACUGAUAAAAAUAAUCUCCUUUGAUCUGUACAUCAUUUCCAGUGUCGUACAGCCUUUCCCUCCAUUGUUUGAGCUGACAUGUUGAUCAGACAGUGUUCGUAUUUUAAGUCUGUUAUGUGAAUGUAGCUAAAAUGACAGCAGAAGAACAAACUUAGUUAAGGGCACUUAGAGCGUUUACACGUGUAGAUCAACCAAUCAAACUAUGACACCUCUUUGAGGGCGUUUGGUGAAUUUAACUCUCCAUUUCCAGUAACAGUGGUGUAGAUGCUGUACUAUCUGUAACGACGUCACCUCUCGUCGGUUUAGCAUUUUAUAGACUACCACUGUGCUGACCUGACCGUGGCUUAUUGAGUAAAUGAUAAGCAUAUGUCUGUAGACGUGUUUUCAUGGCUUAAGUCAUUGCCAAAGAACAAGCCCUUGUGCCAACAUUUCCUCAACAACUGAAUUUUCAUCUUUCAGUCUUAAACAAUUCACAUUAGUGGGAUUCUUUCUUGUAUAUAACUUGUGUUUGUGGGUCGAUUUUGCAGUACGCAUUAAAAUUCCAGUAACACACUGUAAAAGCAGCAUUUGUCUCUCUUUUUCUUUUCUUUUUUUUUUUAGCAGUCUCACCAUUUUGCUUUUCUUGUGUUUCAUGAUAACACUCCUCAUUACGAGGUUUCCUUUUGAACUUUGGCUCUCAGUUGCAGUAUCUGCUAAAGUGUAAGUCAUCCCUGUAGAUACUGUUACUACUUGGGCACAGUUUGACAGUCAUUUAUCCUUUACACUGAAGUAUUUGGCAGGCCUUACUACUGCUAUUUGGAGUAUGUAUUGGUGGAGUUUGACAGCAACAAAAGAGAAAAAAAAAUCAUACAAAGAAAUGAUUGUAAUGUUGAAUCUUGUGUUAAUAGAUGUAAUUUGUAUUGUGAGUUUUACAGUAUAUGGUUCUACAUGUGUAAUGUGAGAUUGUACAUAUGUUUUGUGAGUUGUUGAGUUUGAAUUUGUAUAUUACCAGUUGUGUUUUGAAUUUAUCACUCCAGUUUUUGUACAUCAGAUGCUUUGGUGAAUGUGAACCUUUUUUUAUUUGAAAAGGGAUUUUUUGCAAAAACAUGAACGACACAGAACAAAGUAUCCAAAAACAGCACACACACUUAGUCUUUGUAGAUAUGUUGGUUGUCAUCACUUUUUGCAUACUUGGGCGUAGAUGAAGUAAAACACCCUGAAUGCAGCCCACCUUCUCUAGGAAAGGGAAUGUAGAAAGUGUUCUGGGGCGUUCAUGUUUUUGAGUUUAAAGCACUUUAUGUUUUCUCUUUCAUUUAGCUCUUUUUUUUGUUUGAAAUUCUGUGUUAGAUUUGUAAUGGUUAAAAAGAAUUAAAAAAAACAUAGCUGAAUGGGAAAUGCCAGAAAGAUCAAACUGUGUUUGUAUGUAAAGCAAAUGUGGUGCCACACGCCAGCUGUUUAUAAUGUAAAUUAUUUAUUGAAUAAAAGAAAAUGUCUUGUUAAUGAGGUGCCCUCCUGUCUCAUUUGCUGCUGUUGUGAGCAUUUUUUGAAAAAUUAUCAUGUGUUUUGUCUCGCCAUAAGUCGCUGGUGUUUGACUGCCCCCUGCUGUAGAGUUGUUGAGAUGGAUGUGAGCAGUUGUCAAAACUUCUAAUAAACGGUCUUGAAUGGU